AUGACGGACGGGAAGGAGUUCGGGGCUCAGGCCCCUGGGACGGACGGCAGAUUCGCAGGGGACAGCACGGACGCCCUGGCAGCGGGCCGUGCCCCCACGAGGGGGCUGUGGCGCUCCACUCUCCUCCGGGGGCACCCUGAGACCCAGAGCCCCGCACUGGCUUCUCCGGGGCCUCCUGCGCGGCCUGGUGCUGGGACCCAGGCCCAGGCUGCUGGAGCCUUCUCCACGCGCAGCGCCCCUUCCGCUCGGGGCGUCCGGACGGACUCCUGGCUGCGGCCGGCCUCCUACCGUCCAGGUGCUCGGGCCGAUGGCUCCGAAUCACCCCUGUGUCCCGCGCCCAGAGCCCCCAGCCGACCCCCCAGCGGGCCACCCCGUGUGUCCUCCGCACCCGCCGGCUACCACGUCCCCCUAAACCGUGGGUCUGCGUUCUGCUUCCAGCGACGCGGAGCGGCGGCAACGGGGCACGUGGAGAGGGAAACGAGCCGACGAGCCAGGGAAGAGACGAACGGCCAUCUGAAGGGACAGGAGAGGGGACGGGAGAGGGACCACGAGACGGCAGAACGGGACACAGCUGACACUGGAAGAAGCAGCCCCGGAUCGCCGCGAGAAUUUCAGAGACUAGGGCCAUCGGCCCCAAACAGGGAUUCUGCCGAGAACACCCACCUGCGCGUCCGUGUGCGGCCCUGCGCAGCCUGUCCCCACCGCGCAGGCCCCCCUGCUACACGCUUCGCCCCACCCCUGCACUGUGGCCCCUCCUUGCACAAUAAAGGAUAUUCCUUCUAGA